AUGAAUUUGUCUGACAAUAACUUCAUGAAAUUGGAGAAUUUACAGGAUAAGCUAACAGCAUAUGAAGUUAAUUUACAGGAUAAGCUAACAGCAUAUGAAGUUAAGCUAAAAGGCAUCAAAAGUCAGAAAUUAAUGAGAGAUUUCAAUGAUAUACAGAAAGGCCAUUUAUUUGAAUGGCCUAAAGUCAGAAACUUCAAUGAGCAUCUACGGAAAGAAGAUAGAAAUCCUGAGCAGAGAGGUGUAGUCUCCAUUCCUUUUAAUAUAAACUAUGCUGUAUAUGGAGCUUGGACAGUUGGAAGAGCACUCUGCAAGUUUUGUAUGGUAAUAGACUACACAGCAUGCGCAGCUUCAGUUUUUAACAUUGUUCUUAUCAGUUAUGAUCGACACCUCUCUGUCACUAAUCCGGUUGCUCAUCGAGCUCAGCAAGCAAGUAGCACCAUUACUAAGAUUACUGCUGUAUGGAUGUUUGCAUUUAUUGUUUAUGGACCAGCACUGAUGUUUGGGGACACUAUCACAGGACAAUCACAAAUACCGAGUGACCAUUGUUAUGCUGAAUUUACGUAUGGUUGGUACUUUUCAGCUUGCCUUCUAACUUGCAAUUUUUUCAUUCCCUUCAUCAGUGUGAGUUAUUUCAAUUUAGAUAUAUACUGGAAUAUCAGAAAGCGAAUGAAAAAGAGGGAAAUUAAAGUGAUUAAUAAUAUGCAAUUUGAGUCAAAAAGAGAAGAAGAAACAUGUUUAUCCGUCAUAAGAAUAUAUAUACUCUUACUAAAGGAAAAGUUGGUCUGUUCUUCUUCUGUGUCAAAAGAAUCUAUUGUUAACAAAUGUUGUCAGCAAACUCCUUCAUUACAAAAAAUGGACAAAAUCAGUAGCAGUCUGAAUAACAGGCACAUCUCAUCAACAGCGGAUGAGCAGAAAAUACCAUCUCAAAUUUCUGCAGUAAGGCUGUCCAAGGAUAAAAAGAUUGCAAAGUCUCUUGCAGUACUUGUUUUAAUUUUUGGCAUUUGCCAGGCACCAUACACAUUUGUUUCAAUCAUUAAUUCAAUAAGUUGGAAUGAUGUUGGAUAUUACUGGAGUUGUAUCACAUGUUGGAUUAUGUGGCUGAACUCUCUCAUUAAUCCUGUUUUGUAUCCAUUAUGCCACCGCAGUUUCCGAAGAGCAUUCUCUAAAAUAUUUUGCCAUAAAUAA